ACAGCUGAUUGCUUGUCAACCUAUUUGAAGAUUAGAAAUCCAAGUUUUCGUUAUUCCUUCUUCAGCUUUUGUUAACAUUGUCUAUUAUUUUGAUAAAUUUACUAAGCGAUUUGUAUAUGCAAAAGUAUGCGAAUGUAAUAUUGUUAAAGUAUUUCUAACAGAACAAGGAACAAAUUUUUUUAAAUCAUUAUACAUCCAACACUAUUGUGACAUUUUGAUCGAUCACUAGUCAUAAGAGAAGACAAAAAAUCCAAGUUCCUGAAAUUUUCUCAAAUUUUAAAGGAAUACAUAUUAAAGAAACUUGAAUUUUAUAUACAAUAUUAUAAAGAAGAUUUUUACGAGUAUGUCCACCCGUUGCGAUGAGGAGCUCCACGAAGCCCUCAGCCGACUUCUUCGCGAUUAUCCGAUUUUGUGGCGUCCCCACGGGGGGCCAAUUGUCGGUCAGUACAAGGAACUGGCCGAAAAAGUAAGCAAAGAGCUGCAGCGUCAAGUCACCGCGGAAAAAGUCAAAAACACUUUACGAAAAACCAGGUACCGUCUGCAACGGCUGGAUCGGCAAGGAACGUCUAACCGUACGAAAUCUUGCGCAUACCGAUGGUAUGCUCAAGAACUUGGAUAUGUGCGGGCCGCCGAGGUGUUAUCGACACUAAUUGAGACGGAGAAAUUCCGGGGGUUCGAAAAAGAGGACACCUUAAAGGCGCGAAAAGACUUCGCCGAAAAAAUGGGGGAAGAAAUGCAAGCCGUUAGAAACCAGGAGGAUAAUGACGGGCCGUCCACUUCUGCGGGAGCCUGA